AUGAAUCCUUUUGUUCAACGGUCUCAGGCAGCCUGGCACCGGGUAGGCCUUGUUUCUGAAUUUCCCGACCUCCAGUUGGACAAUGACUGCUCUCCGAUUGCCCCAAGUUGCAAAGCAUUCAACAUCCCCAAGACAAACAUCGGCCCUCCGGUUGAAGCAGACAUUGACCUACCAGGGGACUUGAAGGAGCAAGUACUUAUUUUCAAAUAUAAAGGCAAGAUUCAUGCCAUUGACCAUCAAUGUCCUCAUUCGUCAUUCCCACUUUCACAAGGCAGCCUCUUUGACAUUGAAGACUUUGGCAUCACCCUCAGUGCAGGACUGACAUGUCCCAAACACGGCUGGUCCUUUGAUAUCUUCUCUGGACAAGCAGAUCGUGGCAACUACAAGCUGAAGCUGUGGGAAGUGCAACUUCGUGACCCCCAAGCUAAGGAUGAGUCUGCAGACAGCACCGAUCAGGAGGUCUGGGUGAGGCGGAAGCAGCGAAUCGGCUAA